AAAAGGGCUGCUUUUCAUCUUAAUUCUCAACUGAAUCACUAUUGACCAAAAAAAAUUACAGCAUGAAAAAUAUAAGCUAAAGUAGAAAAGAAAAGAAAAAAAAAGGUUCCUUCUGCUCAUACUUCCACCACGGCUAGAACUCUGUUCUUCCUUAACAGAAUAUAGAAGAAUCUCUUUCCCCAAGAACCAAAAAUUAAUCAAGGGAAAGAACUUUUGCAUGUUCAGAUCUAAUGGUCAUUGGUGUAUGAGCCAUGAAGAAAAGUAGCCGCAGCAUUAUACCACUGAUCUUCCUUUCCGUAAUUCUCAUUCUCUUUGAUGUUUCCGCAUCAAGUGAUCGCCGCCGCCGCCGGUUCGAUGAGGGACAGGCGGUUUCUUCCUACAACAGAGAUGCUCUCGCCGUGGAUCCAACCCUAAAGUUCGACAAUGACAAUCACCGAUUGAAGAAUGCCUACAUCGCGCUUCAAGCUUGGAAAGAAGCCAUUAUUUCCGACCCGCAAAACAUAACCGGCAACUGGAUUGGAGCGGAUGUCUGUAACUACACCGGUGUCUUCUGUUGGCCGGCCCCCGACGAUCCCUCGGAGAUGACGGUCGCCGGAGUCGAUAUCAACCAUGGUGAUGUUGCAGGAACGCUCCCCCAUGAGUUAGGUCUGCUGUACGACCUCACUCUGUUCCAUAUCAACUCCAACCGCUUCUGCGGGAAACUCCCCUGGAGUUUCUCAGAUUUGAGACUUCUCUUCGAGUUAGAUCUGAGUAACAACCGAUUUGCCGGAAAAUUCCCGGAGAUUGUCCUUCAAUUGCCGAAUUUGAAAUAUCUAGACCUCAGAUUCAACGAGUUUGAGGGCACACUCCCGGAAGAGCUCUUCGAGAGGCGAUUCGAUGCCAUAUUCGUCAACAACAACAGAUUCGCUUCUGAACUGCCUCCGAACCUGGGGAACUCCCCCGCUUCGGUGGUCGUGCUGGCGAACAACCGGUUCCGAGGCUGCGUGCCUCGGAGCCUCGGGAACAUGUCGGGGACCUUGAACGAAAUGGUGAUAUCGAACAAUGCUUUUCAUGCGUGUUUACCGGACGAGAUCGGAGGGCUUAAGAACUUGGACGUGCUGGACGUGAGCGAUAACGAGAUCACGGGAAGGUUACCGGAGAGUAUAGGCGGGAUGGAGAGGUUGAAGGAGCUGAAUGUAGCGCAUAACCUGUUCUAUGGGGAGAUUCCUGAGAGGAUAUGCUCGCUUGAUGGGCUGGUGAGGUUUGAUUAUGAGCAUAACUUUUUCACGGGGGAGGCUUCAGCUUGUCUCAAUUUGCCAUCCUAUGAUGACAGGCAUAACUGUUUGGGCAGAGACAGGGAGGAUCAGAGGCCUGAGUUGGAAUGUAAGAGGUUCUUGUCCACCACAUCCACACUCAAUUGCAGUAGUUUCAAGUGUUUAGCCUCACCCAAACCGCCUUUGUCUCCUCCGCCAUCACCGCUGCCUCCACAGCCAGCACCAAUAUUGCCUGCUCCACCACUUCGGCCUUCAUCUCCUCCUCCACCAGCAUCACCACAGGCUCCUUCGCCGCGCCCACAACCAGCACCAUUAUCUCCAUCUCCACCACAUCGGCCUUCAUCUCCUCCUCCACCAUCACCCCAAGUUCCUUCUACACCACCACAACCCGCACCAGUAUUCCCAUGUCCACCGCAUACAAAACCUCCACCGCCAUUGCCUUCAUCUCCUCCUCCUCCUCCUCCUCCACCAGAAUCACCACAAGCUCCUUCACUGCCACCUCUUCCACCACCACCACAACGGCCUCCAUCUCCUCCCCCACCACCAGCACCUCAUGCAUUUACGCCUCCAACGUUUCCACUGCCACCUCCACCACCGAGUCACUGCAAUUGCAGCAUGACAACACCUCCCCCUCCUCAGGAAAACUCACCUCCACCACCGCCUACCUCUAGGCCACCCCCAGCUUCUCCUCCACCGUGUUCAGAACAAGCACCACCGCCUCUAUAUUUUCCAUCCCCACCCUCUUCAAGCUAAUAAUAACCGCAGAAAAGAAAAGCUACAAUUGAGUUGCCAAAGACACCCAUUCAACUCCUUAGGAUGCAUCACUUGUGUCAUCUUUAUCUUAGCAGGCGGCCAUUUCCAUUCAUGAUAUGCCACAGUAAUAACUGGAUGGUCAUAAUUCAGGUUCUGGCAAAUCGAAAUUCAUCAAAAAGAAGAGAAGUGAAUCAUCAUUCAUCAAUGCACGUGCCGCAGGAUUUUGACUUUUUUUGUUUUCAACGAUAUCUCAUUGUUGAUCAACAUAUACACACACGUACCGAAUGAUGGAUAUAGUGACGUGGUAGAGACGCCAUACCAGAACACAGCAUUUACUUUUCUUUGUUAUCCAACUUUGUACUUCCUCCUCCUAUGCCAUAGCAUUAGUGUAGGCACUACCUAGCCCACAUACUAUCAUUUGUUCUUUCAUUCAUUCUUUUAUAAUGAUUUUGAUUGCUUCUUUGUUUAAAUGCAAC